AAGAAGACUAAAGCGAUAGUUUAGUUUCUUCUUUUUUUGAUAAUUUUGUUGAUGUAAUUUUUUUGUUUUGGCUAAAGAAUAAUGUAAAGUAAAUUAAUAAUUUAAAGGGUCAUGGCUGAGUCACGACGUGAAGAAUGGUCAAAAUAUGCAAAAACCUAUGACCCCAUAAAAAUUGGAUCAAUUGACGGGACCGAUACCGAGCCCCAUGAUAGGGCUGUAGAAAGAGCAAUAUAUUCAACAUACGUCCCCAAUCGACAUGUUAAAGGUAAACCUAGCUGCACACUGUUUGUGAGUAGACUCAACCACAGAAUAACAAAAGAUGCCAUAAAGGAAAUUUUCUCAAAAUUCGGUAAACUCAAACGUUUCCGGUUAGUUAAAGACAUUGUAACGGGUAUGCCCAAAGGUUAUGCUUUUAUUGAAUAUGAAGACGAAAGUUCGGCCGAACAAGCUUAUAGAGAAGCAAAUAAAUUAAAUAUAGAGGGAAGUAUUAUUUUUGUAGAUUUUGAAUGUGAACGUUUAUUAAAAGGUUGGAAGCCUAGAAGAUUGGGGGGUGGUUUUGGGGGCCAAAAAGAAUCUGGUCAGUUGAGAUUUGGAGGUAGAGAUAGGCCAUUUAAGAAGCCUAUUAGUCUUGAAAUAAAAGAAGAGGAGGAGAGACGAGAAAGACAGAAAAGGUUGGCUGCUAAAGAAGAGAGGGAAAAAGAGAGAAGACGAAGAAGAAGACCAAGCCCACCCAGAGGUAGACCAAGAUCACCUAGAAGUAGAAGUUAAUACUAGAAAUAAAUUAUAAUCCUUGGUGAAUAUCAAGAGUGUAAUAGUUCUUUUAUUUGUAAAAAUAUUUGUGGUUUCAAUAUUAAGCAUUAAAUUCUGAUUUUUCAUUUCA